AUUACCAAACAUGAAAAGUCUCGCCUUCUUCAUUCUUGCUUCUUUGCUGGCUGGGUUUAGUGUGGCAGACUGUAAUCACCGUGGUCACAAUUGGACUUCUCCUUACCAUGGUCUGAACGUCACAUACAAGAAGGUCAGCGAUAACGAUUUGAUCAUCAAGCAAACAGUUCUGAUAUUUGACAGUNCGCGCAAUAACCCGAAAGCUGCCCCACUUACUAUCUGGCUUGUAGGAGGGCCAGGCGAGGCAUCUUCCUUCGCAGCCUUGACCGAGAAUGGUCCCUGCUACGUCAACGAAAUCUCAAACGGGACGAUCCUGAAUCCAUAUUCUCUGAACGAGCAUUCAAAUGUCUUGUAUAUUGAUCAACCUGUCCAGGCUGGGUUCUCCUACUCCACAUUCGUGAACACAUCUUCGAUUACACCUGUUGACUCUUACGACGAGGAUCUCCCGCUAGAGAACGCAACGUUCAAGUAUGGGAUUUGGGCGGAUCAGGACCCGAAUCAUACUGCCAACACUACAGAAAAUGCCAUCAAGCCCCUGUGGCUUUUUCUUCAAAGCUGGUUUGAGAAGCAGAAUCAUCACCGUGAACACUUUGGGCAUGACGAAUUGAUGUAUGCACGUAUCACGGCAAAAUCUAUUGCCGACAUUGUCUACAACAAUACAUACAACACCCGCUUCUUGUCCAACGACAUCUACGCACAGACUCAGAAUAACCUCACCAUGGAAGGCGGUUGUUGCGACCAAAUCAACCAAUGUCAAACCCUUGCUGCGGCAUCUGAACCAGAUGGCAGAGGAACCAACGACACUGUCAACACCCUCUGCGCUACAGGCCUAGCUUACUGCUUUGCUUACGGCGGUAGUGGAGCUUACACCGCACUCUCAUCACGCAGUGUAUUCGAGAUGGUGCAACCCACUCUAGCGCCCUACCCACCUUUCUACGGCAUCGGAUACCUCAAUCGCCAAGACGUGCGCCACUCUCUCGGCGUCCCCGUCCUAUUCAAUCAAAACUCCUUAAGCGUGCAAUACAAUUUCGUCGCCGUCACGGGCGAUGCAGCGCGUUUUGAUGGCAUCAAAGCGUUGAGUCAAGCUUUGACUGCAGGUGUCAAAGCUGCUUUUGUCUACGGCGACCGUGAUACUAGAUGUAAUUGGUUGGAUGGUGAAGCGGUAACCGAUAUAGCUUCUUGGCCAGGUAAACAACAAUUCGCCACUGCUGGAUAUGAAGACACCAAGGUCAAUGCUACAUGUACCGGCGGUUUANCGAAACAGUUCCAAAAUCUCAGCUUUACGAGAGUUUUUCAGGUGGGUCAUGCAGCUGGAUAUUUUCAACCUCAAACUGUGCUGGAGGUUUUUGAACGCAGCAGUGUUCGGGAUGCUGAUGUUGCUACUGAGACGCGUCGUUUGAUCUCUGAUGGUGACUAUGUUACCGGUGGUCCUGCGAGCGCUUGGAGCCAUUUUGAAGUCUUACCUGAGAUACCAACUCCUGUUUGCAAUAUCUGGGCGGCGGCGGUUACUUGCACGGAUGAGCAGUUAGCUGCGUUAGCGAACGGCAGCGCAGUCAUCGAACAUGAUAUCGUUGUCUAUCCUACUGCU